UCUUUAAACGACGAAGAUUAGCAUUAAUAAAAAUAAAAUAGAAUGUCGAUUUGGGAAUAUCGUCCACAAACCAUUGCCUUAAUCCCAGAUGCGCUGAUUUUCCUAUCAUCGGGCAUGAAUCUGGCGCUUGGCUUAGGCUAUAGCUAUUACCAGGUCUCCAAUCACUUCCGAUUCGCAUGGUUCAUUGGCGUAAUAGCUGGUGUGCUACUGUCUGCGCCGCUUAUACAAAUUUCAAUCAAGCGAUACUUUGUAUUACUCAGCAGUUUUGUGGUUGUGGUAUCAGGAAUUGUAUACACAGUAUGCCCACAUGACGAGGUAGCUUUACUCGCAGCACGUUAUUUAAACGGUAUUGGAACUGGUCUCAUAACGGUACCUUUUAUUAUGCACUGCAGUGAAAUCAGCAUAAUUUCGAGACGUGGCGGUCACUUGGGGAUCGAACAAUUUUCCAUUGCCAUUGGCAUAUUUAUACAAGCGACUUACACUGGCUUCUGGUCGGGCGGCAUUACCAUUUCAGCGAACCGUGUACACGGCAUCUGUUGUCUCACCUUCGGCUUGAUCGCAUUGGGAUUAGCGUACAUUGUAAUCGAAUCACCUGUUUUCUUUGUGCGUCUCGUCAAUGAUGCUCAAGCAUUGGACUGCUUGACACGUCUUCAACUGCCCACUGUACUUACGGAUGAGAAAAAGGCUUUGUUGGAGGAGCAUAAAAACUAUGUCAUGAUGAAUGAAUAUUUAGGCAAAAAUGAAAGUUUUACACGUGGAUUGGGUCCACUUGCAAGAAUGAUCCUGUAUCGUGCUGCAGUCGCAUUCACAUUCUCGUAUUUUUACAAUGAACAAUUGAUGCUGGGCUCUGUUUGGGGCAUUACCAGCGGUAAUCAAUGGCCAUGGACCAUUUACGCAGCACUACGCAUAUUGGGAGUGUUCACUGCCGUGACAAUGCUUGAUUUAAUUGGGCGCAAAAUCCCGAGUUUAAUCGGUUUAUUGGUCAUGGGUGGCCUUGGCAUUGGUAUAGCUGUUUUGUUUGCCCACAGAGAUAAUUGGCAAAAUGGGUAUCAAAUGAGCAUGGCGUGUGCGCUUUUAAUGAUCUUUCAAUUUUUCGCCGGCUUAUAUGCACCUACAAGCACACUUUAUUUGGGUGAAGCCUUCCCGAUGUUGCUGAAACCAUACUUUAUAGCAUUGUGCAUUAGUGUGGAGUGUGCUGUGCAUAUUAUCGUAAUCUGUACAUAUCACAUGAAUCUUCACGUUUUUGCAUACGAUACAUUCACCUACGCCUAUCUAUUUGCUUGCUUUCUGCUAUUCCUGUUCACGAUACCCGAUACAAAAUUAACUACACUGAACGAAGCACAGGAACGAUUCCGCGCCUGGAAUCAUUGGAGAUCGUGGUGAAUAUAUUUCACAAGAAUUAGUUGCCGUCUCGACCAAUAAUCUAAUAAAAUUUUAUUAAGAAUGUAUAAUUAGAGUGUGGUUUAAUAUUAGAUAUCUAGUGGGUGCGGGUAAUAGGGCUACAUACAUA